UUUUUAGCGCCAUCUGCUCGCGGCGCCGCCUCCCGCUCCUCCCGCCGCCGCCCUGAGUCACUGCCUGCGCAGCUCCGGCCGCCUGGCUCCCCGCGCUAGACGCUGAUAUUUGGAGUUCUUACAACAUGGCAGACAUUGACAACAAAGAACAGUCUGAACUUGAUCAAGAUUUGGAUGAUGUUGAAGAAGUAGAAGAAGAAGAAACUGGUGAAGAAACAAAAAUCAAAGCGCGUCAGCUGACUGUUCAGAUGAUGCAAAAUCCUCAGAUUCUUGCAGCCCUUCAAGAAAGACUUGAUGGUCUGGUAGAAACACCAACAGGAUACAUUGAAAGCUUGCCUAGGGUAGUUAAAAGACGAGUGAAUGCUCUCAAAAACCUUCAAGUUAAAUGUGCACAGAUAGAAGCCAAAUUCUAUGAGGAAGUUCAUGAUCUUGAAAGAAAGUAUGCUGUUCUCUAUCAGCCUCUAUUUGAUAAGCGAUUUGAGAUUAUUAAUGCAAUUUAUGAACCCACGGAAGAAGAAUGUGAAUGGAAACCAGAUGAGGAAGGUGAAAUUUCGGAGGAGCUGAAAGAGAAGGCCAAGAUUGAAGAUGAGAAAAAGGAUGAAGAAAAAGAAGACCCCAAGGGAAUUCCUGAAUUUUGGUUGACUGUUUUUAAGAAUGUUGACUUGCUCAGUGAUAUGGUUCAGGAACAUGAUGAACCUAUUCUGAAGCACUUGAAAGACAUUAAAGUGAAGUUCUCAGAUGCUGGCCAACCUAUGAGUUUUGUCUUAGAAUUUCACUUUGAACCCAAUGAAUAUUUCACAAAUGAAGUGCUGACAAAGACAUAUAGGAUGAGGUCAGAGCCAGAUGAUUCUGAUCCCUUUUCUUUUGAUGGACCAGAAAUUAUGGGUUGUACAGGGUGCCAGAUAGAUUGGAAAAAAGGAAAGAAUGUCACUUUGAAAACCAUUAAGAAGAAGCAGAAACACAAGGGACGUGGGACAGUUCGUACUGUGACCAAAACAGUUUCCAAUGACUCUUUCUUUAAUUUUUUUGCCCCUCCUGAAGUUCCUGAGAGUGGAGAUCUGGAUGAUGAUGCUGAAGCUAUUCUUGCUGCAGACUUUGAAAUUGGUCACUUCUUACGAGAGCGUAUAAUCCCAAGAUCAGUGUUAUACUUUACUGGAGAAGCUAUUGAAGAUGAUGAUGACGAUUAUGAUGAAGAAGGUGAAGAAGCGGAUGAGGAAGGGGAAGAAGAAGGAGAUGAGGAAAAUGAUCCAGACUAUGACUCAAAGAAGGAUCAAAACCCAGCAGAGUGCAAGCAGCAGUGAAGCAGGAUGUAUGUGGCCUUGAGGAUAACCUGCACUGGUCUACCUUCUGCUUCCCUGGAAAGGAUGAAUUUACAUCAUUUGACAAGCCUAUUUGAAGUUUUUUGUUGUUUGUUUGUUUGUUUGCUUGUUUUUGUUUUUGCAGCCUAAAAUAAAAAUGUCAAAUAUAAUUUUAGUUCUCACAAGAUAAUGUCUUAAUUUUCUACUAAUUUAGGUAGAAGCAGAGGCCUAGCUUGAAUUAAGCAUUGUACCCAGUUCACCAUAUUAUUGAUAAAAAGGGUGCCAACUUUGGAAGAGGUACUACAUCUACUAAUAAGAAAGUAUAAGAAAGUAAAUCUUAAAUGAUGUGAUGUUUUUAAAAAGAAAGAUUAAAAAGUUAAAUUUCAUUUCUUUUGGUUAGAACUAGAGAGAAGACCCCAAGCCUCUGCUUAAUUCCAGUUCUUAUUGCUGCAAGUAUGAGCGUGUCAUUUACCCAUGCUUCUGUUGACUAUGUAUUAAAAUGGGUAGAACUGUUUACUUAACUACCUCACAGAUGUGUUAAUGCAUAUUGGUUAAAUUUUAUGAAAUGUUUCUCAGUCUCAUUAAAAGCUCAAAAAUUUGGACCUAUUUGUAUUGCAAGUAUGAUAUUCAGCAUUUUAUUCGUACCAGGGUUUGAUAAUUAAACUGGAAAACAAAGUAAGUACCUCUGUUCUGGAUCUGGUCAGGCAAUACUCUCGCAGAUCUUGGUGUGGCUCCUGUUUUAAUAGAAGUGGAUGGAUGAGCAGCUAUUCCAAAAGGUCCAAGGAUUGUUUUUGGGUGUUUUAGUUAUGACCAUAUUGUAGUAAAUACUACAGAGAUCAUGAGACUAAAGUAGAAAUAAGACCAUUUUUAGGGGGAAAAUUGCCAUUAAAUUUGAGACUGUAGAGCCACAUUUAAAAUACCUCAGGCUAAUUACUGUUAAUUUUUUGUGAUGAGCUUAAAAGCUUUGACAGUGAAGGUGGACUAAUUGGAUUGUAAUUAGUAGAUAGCCCAGAGUUCUUGCUCUUAAUAAGAUUACAUUGGGUUCGUUUUUAGAGGUGAUAGAGCUUCCCUUCUGAAAAUUUAGUGUUAAGGUUUUGGAAUGUGAACACAUUUUGUUAUUUGUAUAGUACUAUGCAUUCCUCUCCUGAGAUUUUAAUUUACUACUGGAAAUCCUUAACCAAUUGCAAUAGUUUGUAGGGAAAAAAUGCCAUGAAAACACCUUAUGUUUUUCCUCUUUAUUUUCAAAAUGAAGUUGCUUUGAUUAGACAUUCUGUGCUGAUUUUCUUUUUGUUACCCAUAUUUCAUCUGAACACAAGCUUUUUCUGAAUUAAAAUAUUUUUAAUCUAAAGAUAGAAUCCCAUUUUUAAUGAACUUAAGUAGCAAGCCCACUUUUUUUUUUUCAUUUCUUUAGGAAAUAGCUAUUGCCAAAGUAAAGGGGUAGAUACUAUUUUGUCUUGUUAUAUAAGGGGGAUGUGGUUUGCAGAGGAAUUGGUUUCUUAAUAAAGCUGGAGUUUCAAGGGAUACCGGUGUUCAUCUAUGCCAUCUCUCCAGGUCCAAAAUGGUUCUAUCCCAUUCUAGAAAUUUGAAAUAAUGUAAUUUGAAUUCCUUAAUAAAAUUUGCAUUUAAUUUUGUAAAACGUA